UUUUGUUCUCACACGUUCAUCAAAUUGUAUUGCGAUCACUGAAAAGUUGAAUUUUCAUGAUCCAAUUUGGGUGAGAACUUUCAUGCAAACAUUUAAAGUUAAAGUUCUAAAACGCACAUUAAUUAAUCACACACAAGUCAAUCACACUCAAUCAAUUUCUGUGCAUUCUUACAACACAAAACAAAGGUAAAAUGACUAAAAUCUUUUACAAAACAAACAUGCUCAUUAGAAUAUUUCAACAGCUCACAAGUCAUCCAAAUCAAUUUCUUACAUUCACACUUAUUCUUUUGCUGUUGAACAUAUUAAAAACCCUUGACGGGUUUUUUUUUGUUAUCAUCAUUUACACCGAAGAAUAAAAUUAUAACGUCAAUCUGAAAGUGAAAAGUUUUUGAUUAACAACGACAAGUACUCACCAG